GAGGGUUUUGUUUUACCUCCGCUAAACUAAGCUCCCCAAACCCACAAAGCAACUACGCAGAUCUCUUCCAAAAUGGCCGACGUAACUGCGAUCAGAAUCGGUAUCAUCGGCUGCGCCGACAUAGCACGGAAAGUAUCCCGAGCCAUUCAAUUGGCACCAAACGCCACGCUAUCUGCCGUCGCCAGCCGUACCUUUGAGAAGGCUGAGAGAUUCGCUCGUGCCAACGGAUUCCCUCCAGAAGCCAAGAUCUAUGGCUCCUACGAGGCUUUACUGGACGACUCGGAGAUCGACGCCGUCUACCUGCCGCUUCCCACCAGUCUCCACCGGACCUGGGCUGUUCGCGUGGCACAGAAGAAGAAACACCUGCUGAUGGAGAAGCCGGUGGCUCUGAAUGUCGCUGAGUUCGACGAGAUUGUGGCGGCAUGCGAUGCUAACGGUGUCCAGAUAAUGGACGGGACAAUGUGGCUGCAUCAUCCCAGGACUCACAAAAUGAGUGAGUUUCUGAACAAUGAAGAGCUUUUUGGGCAGCUCAGGAUGGUGCACAGCUGCUUCACAUUUGGUGGUGAUCAGGAUUUUCUCAAGAAUGACAUCCGUGUGAAGCCAGAUCUUGAUCGUCUUGGUGCUCUUGGUGAUGCUGGGUGGUAUGGAAUCGGGUCCAUCCUGUUUGCUGCCAAGUAUGAACUGCCUACGACAGUAAUAGCUCAGCAAGGACCUGUUUUUAAUGAAGCAGGGGUACUUCUAUCUUGUGGGGCCUCUCUACACUGGGAUGAUGGCAAAGUUGCAAACUUCUAUUGCUCGUUCUUAUCAAAUUUGACCAUGACUGUCACUGCUAUAGGAACAACUGGAACUUUACAUUUUGCAGAUCAUGUUAUUCCUUACGAAGAGCAUGAGGCCUCUUUUACCACAUCUGUAAGACCUAGACUUAAUGAUCUUGUAACUGGAUGGGAAUCAAAGCCAAGCGAGCACACCAUCGUCACGGAUAUUCCUCAGGAAGCUGUCAUGGUGAAAGAGUUUUCUAGUUUGGUUGCAAACAUUAAAAGAAAUGGUGCUAAGCCUGAUCAAAAGUGGCCAACAAUUAGCAGAAAGAUCCAAUUGAUUCUUGAUGCAGUCACAGCAUCCAUCGAGAAAGGUUUUCAAGCAGUUGAUAUUGUAAGUUAAAUGUUUCUGGUGUGUACGGUUAGCCUGGUAUGUUUAUCAUUGUUGUGUUUUAUGGCCUUCUGAACUGAUGUCCCAUGUACCUUUUUCUGUUUGAUCCUGGAUGCCUAUGUGCUCGUGCAUAGGGCGUGAUGUGAACUUGAUUCAGAAAUUCCUUUUAAUAAAUUGCAUGGAAUAAG